UAUUGCUGUUUCAUAACAACUUGUACUUAUGUAUCAUACAUAUAUCAACUAAGAUGAUAGGCGUAUUGAUUCUUGUGGCCUUUGCGCCUUUUACUUUAGCUUUUCCCUACCAUCAAUUUGGAUUGGAAUCUACCAGAAUUUCAGGAGGAAGCAAUGCAACAAUUAGCGAGAUUCCUUAUAUUGUACAGGUGAAUGAGGAUGAUAGUGACAGUUCAGACUGUAAUGCGUCAAUUCUUUCAAGACUUUGGGUGGUCACAGCAGCUCACUGUUUAGACGGAGUGGCUGCCUCAGACGUAAGCAUCCGAGCGGGAACAGAUAGAUACAUGAGAGGCGGUGUGGUAAUACGUGCUUCAAAUUUAUAUGUUCAUCCGAAUUAUAAUAAUACUGACCAGGAUUACGACAUAGGUUUAAUCAAACUUGCUUCACCGCUCACUUUUGGUCCAAAUAUAGCUUCAAUAUCCCUUGCGAGCAGUAAACCGGCAGUGGGAACGUCGGCUGUCGUUUCCGGUUGGGGAGAUUUAAAUGCUAUUACCCAUACCACCCCACAACAAUUACAAAAAGUUACACUACCAAUUGUUGCUGACAGUCAAUGUCCUGAUAUACGUACUGAAAGAGUGUUAUGUGCAGGAGAGAACGCCGGAUACAAAAGUCCCUGUUAUGGUGACUCUGGGGGCCCUUUGGUCGUAGGAAAUACUCUUGUUGGUGUUGUUUCGCAUGGCAAUAGUUGUCGUGGAAUAUCAGUUUACGCCAACGUUGCCAAUCUUCGCAGUUGGAUAUUAUCAGUAGCAUCAGCUUAGCAUACAACGAUGCGUAUUUGUGGAUUCUGAAUAGAGAAUAUAUUUUAAAUAACCAACAAUGUAAAAGGGAUUUAUUCCCGCAGAUAUUAUAAAUAAAAAUAAAUAAAUAAUAA